GCAGGAUCCUGUGGGUCUCUGGGAUCCAGUCGGGUUCACCGCCGACGGAGAUGUGGCAUCCUUUAGGAGGCGUCGCUCUGUCGAGCUGAAGCAUGGCCGAAUCUCGAUGAUGGCUACGAUGGGUUACAUCACCCCAGAAGUCAUCGGCAAGCUGCCUGGCUUCUUGUCGCCCUCCGCGGGCUUGAAGUUUGCAGACAUCCCGAACGGCCUUGCGGCUGUCGCCAAAGUACCUGUGGCAGGCUGGGCGCAGAUUGCCGCGUACUUUGGCUUCGUGGAGUUCAGCGGCGGCUUCGAUGACUACAAGAGCGGCACCCCGGGCGACUACGGCUUCAAG